AUGUCCGAAAAGAGUGUGCUUGGCAAAAUCAAACUCAACCUCGCCGAAUACGUGGACAAAACUGAGGAAGACGACGGAAUUAUUCGGCGGUACCUGAUGCAUGAAAGUAAAGUGAACAGUACUGUCAAGAUCGGAAUCGCAAUGCGUCAGCUAGAAGGCGACCGCAACUUCACAACACCACAGCUGAAAUCUGCUACCGUCUUUGGAGGAAUCGCCGGAGUCGUCCAAUCCACCGAACAGCCCAUCAAUGCCGAUGAAUUUGGCCAGUUGCCGUCUAUUGACACCAAGAGCCGGGAGAUUGCAGAUAUGCAAGACAUGUAUCGGCGCACCUUAGCAGCGUCAUGGUCUUCUAGAGCAGGUGAUUUGCCUGCUGAUAAGUUAGUCGAAGAGUUGUUUGCUGGAAGUUCUUGCUGGAACAACGAUGCACACAAUUCCAACGCUGGUAUCUCAGCGGGCGAUCACCGAGAUUCUUUAUUGAGCGCAGAGACAGUUCCACGACAAAGCCGCUCCGGGAAAAAGCUGUCACCCAGUUUCGAACGGCGCCCCAAGAGUACUUCCAGCAAUCGCUCACACAGUAGCAGUAAGACCCCAGACUCUCUUGCUGCGCUUGGGCAUCAGAAAAAGGGUGGAAGCAUUGAGCAGCAGUUGUAUGAAGGGGUCAAGGGCCGGACAUGGAAGGCACCGGAUACAAAUAAUGAACUUUCGGAGUUCGAUGUAAGAGAGGACUUGCGCAGCUGGGAAGUUGUACCAAAACAAUAA